UGGAGGAGGCAGUGAGUGGCGGAUGCCGGUUGCUGUGUCUUAGGCUGCCUGUAUCUGCUCCCACCUGGCUCUAAUGGCUGAAAUUUUGGAAACCAUUCUAACCAGUCUGCUACAGCCGGACAAUGCUGUUAUACAGCAGGCCACAGCGCAGCUGAAAGAAGCAGUUAAGGAUCCACGGAUUAUUCCAGCAUUGUGUGAUGUGCUGAGAGGAGCACAAGAUUUACAGAUCCGACAGUUUGCUGCAGUUCUGUUACGCAGGCGUCUCGCCAAACACUGGAAAUCAAUUCCUAAAGAGCAGCAGGAGAACCUAAAGAGUCUUCUGUUAGAAGCUAUACAAAGGGAACCAGAGCACAAGGUCCGUUACGCUCUUGCCCAGCUAUCUGCAGUGAUCCUGAGGAAUGUGAAGCUGGAAGGCUGGCCGCAGUUCAUCCAGUUUGUACUGCAGAUGUCCCAUAGUGACGUCCCUGAGCAGCGACAGAUUGGUCUCCUGGUCCUCAGGUGUGCUCUGGACUUAAGUGCUGACUUGUUCCGAAGCCAUUUCUCUGACCUCAUUAAGCUGUUUCACCAUACAUUGAAUGAUCUUCAGAAUGCUCCUCUGCUCUUCUAUACCAUACAGUCUCUCACCAGUAUUAUACCAGAAAUGGCUGGUCACGAAAUUAAUCUGUUAAAGUCUUUUAUUCCCAAAUUGCUAACAGCCAUCAGACAUCUUAUCCAGAGCAAUGAGGUUCAAGCAUGUGAGGCAAUGGAAGUUUUUGAUGAGAUGAUGGAAGGAGAAGUUUCUGUUAUAGUACAUUACCUAGCUGAGGUCAUUCCCUUCUGUUUGGAGGUGGCAGUUAACACAUCUCUGUCUGAUAAUCUUCGCGUCAAGUCACUUUCAUGUAUCAGCUUCCUCAUCAAACUCAAAAGCAAGUCCAUUCUGAAGCAGAAGCUGCUGGCUCCAAUUCUCAAUGGUCUUUUCCCAAUCAUGUGUGCGGAGCCACCUUCUGGACAGAUGGAUCCUGAAGACCAGGAAGACGAUGACGAGUUGCUGGAGGAGGAGGCUGAAGUGCAGACUCCCAAACACUAUGCAGUGCAGGUGAUUGACAUGUUGGCUCUCCAUCUACCUCCUGUGAAGCUCCUGUCUCAACUGACACCCCUCAUGGAACCCUGUCUUCUAAGUUUGAAUCCAUACCAACGGAAGGCCGGUCUUAUGUGUCUAGCUGUACUCAGUGAAGGUUGUGCUGACAACAUUCGCAACAAGCAUCUGCAGUCAAUGCUGAAGGUGGUGUGUGAAGCUCUCUCAGAUGAAAGUCAGAUUGUUCGUAAUGCAGCUCUUUUUGCUUUGGGGCAGUUUUCUGAAAAUUUGCAGCCGGAAAUUAGUGAAUAUUCAGAUACAGUCCUCCCUCUUCUGCUGGAAUAUAUCUCACGUGUGGAUCCUUCUAACACGUCUCACCUCACUAAAGCCUACUAUGCCCUUGAAAACUUUGUGGAGAAUCUUGGCUGUAAGAUUGAACCAUACCUUCCCAACCUGAUGGAGCAAAUACUGAUGUCUCUAAACAACUCCAAUAACAACAGAGUGAAAGAGCUGUCCGUGAGUGCUAUGGGUGCCAUUGCCAAUGGUGCUGAGAUGCUGCUGAUGCCAUACUUCUCUUCUGUGAUGGAAUCGUUGAAAGUUCAUCUGACACAGACCAGAGAAGAGGGAAGACCCAUACAAAUACAGUGUCUAGAAACACUUGGCGUUUUGGCCCGCACCCUAGGAAAAGAUGCCUUCCUUUCCUUGGCACAGGACUGCUGUCUUCUGGGACUCGGGCUUUGUGAUAGAGUUGAUGAUCCAGACAUGAGACGCUGCGCGUACAGCCUGUUUGCUGCUCUCUCUGGGGUUAUGGAAGAUACAAUCUCUGUGCAUCUGGAGAAAAUUACCACUUUGAUGCUUCUGUCUCUAAAGUCAAGGGAGGGAAUAGUGGUUCAUUAUAAUGAGAAUCGGUCCUUCAUGCUGUUUGAUGAUGAAGCAGACGAGGAAGAUGCAGUGAUUCAAGAUGAAGAGGAGGAGGAGGAUCCUGACAUUGAAGGGUUCAGUGUGGAAAAUGCAUAUAUAGAUGAGAAGGAAGAUGCCUGUGAAGCUCUGGGAGAGAUUGCAUACAAUGCCAGCUCUUCAUUUUUCCCUUAUCUUGAUUCAUGCUUCAAGGAAGUAUUCAAGCAUAUAGAUUCUCCUCAUGUCAGUUUAAGGAAGGCAGCGUUCGAAGCUCUGGGACAGUUUGUACGCUCAAUGAACAAGGUGUUUACAAAAAACUCCAGCGAAGACAACAAAAUGGUCCUGUUGAGUUUCCUGUCCAUCCUGAUCCCCUCCUGUCUGCAAGGCGCAUUGCAAGAUAAAGAGCGCACGGUGGUAAUGGCCAUCCUGGACACCCUGAACCAGAUGCUGAGGGAUGUGAAAGAGCUCUGUGUGAGGGACGCUGAGCAGUUGGAGAAACUCUGCGUAGCCAUCAGAGCUGUGCUGCAGAGCAAGACAAUGUGUCAAGACCCUGAUGGCGAAGACGAAGAUGAUGAGCAGCAGGCAGAACUGGACUCCAUGCUGAUAGAGUAUGCCGGGGAGGGCAUCCCUCUGAUUGCAGCAGCAGUUGGUGGCGACACGUUUGCUCCGUAUUUUGCUGGAUUUCUUCCAUUACUCCUUAGUAAAGCUAAGCCCAGCUGUUCUCCAGCAGAGAAGUCCUUCUCAGUGGGCACUCUGGCUGAAUCCAUGAUAGCGCUAGGUCCUGCAGCAAUCCAGUUUGUACCACACAUCCUUCCUGCAUUUCUGUCCGGGGCACGGGACGAGGACGAUGAAGUGCGGAGUAACUCUGUGUUUGGACUGGGUGCCUUGGCGGAACAUGGAGGCCAAUUCAUGCAUCAACAUUACCCAAAGCUUCUGGCCAUUCUGUCUUCUAUAAUAAGCUCUGAGAAAAAUUCACGUGUUCUGGACAAUGUGUGCGGAGCAGUAAGUCGAAUGGUGCUGAGUCACCCAGCAGGAGUCCCUGUUGAACAGGUGUUCCCAGUGAUGCUCCGCACUUUGCCCCUGAAAGACGAUUUUGAGGAGAACACCACAGUAUUUAAGUGUAUCACAUUCCUGUAUGAGAACUCUCCUUCUCAGGUGAUUGGGAGUUUAAAGGACAUUGCUAGAAUCUGUAACCAUGUGUUGGGAACUAAAGAAAUACAACCAGACACAGAGAACGCUAUUAUUCUCCUUCUGAGGGACAUCGCUCAGAGGUUCCCACAAGAUUUGCACAGUGCCUUGGUUUCUCUUCCUGCUGAGGCAUCUUCUAAACUUCAUACAAUUCUUGGACUAGCAUGAAGAGGAUCUUUGCCUGUUCUUAAGGCCUUGAGCGUUUAGUUGUGUUCCAGUUGCCGUUUGAAGUUGCCGUUUCACCUUUUAUCCAGUGGACCGUGCCUGGCCCGUCUCCAAGUGCUAUGAGUGACCUGCCACCUGGGCCACGUGCCGGUUGGUUUGUGUAAUGAAUUUGUACCACCACCAAACCAAAGCAAUAAAGAUUAAAUGUUCUGUUCAGAAGCCUUAUGUGUAGGAGUAAUACACAUAUCCAUAUUAAGCAUGAUGUAGCAGGCAUACAACAAAAACCCAAAAGGGUUGUUCAAACCGUGGGUUUUAGUGCGGUUACAAUAAUAACCUCUAAAAAUUUAAUCAUUCUUUAGACAAAAGGGAUGCAUUUAUUUUGUGCUAGUGGUCAUUCUUAUUACUAUAUGAACAUACGCUUUCCCCAGUCACGCUUCAGGUUGGUUCAGUACGGAUCGUGAGUAGUUGGUGUGUACAUUGGAAAUAUGCAAUAAACCACAUGCAAAACCGAA